AUGAAGGAUACGACUUUAAGUUUGGCUAUCAAAAUUUUAAGAGGACUUAAAGAAAGGAUCAUUUUGGAAUGCUGGGAUAAUGAGGCAGAAUAUCAUCCAUCUAUGAAUCAAACAAUUCAUAAAUUAAGUUAUGAUAACAAACAUAACAGAAAAUUAACAAUCAAAUAA